AAACAAGAAGGUGAAGAUUUGGAUACAAAAAAAGUUGGAAUGUCCGAAGCAUCGCAAACUUCUACUUCGAAAGAAGCGCAAAUAGAAAUUUCUGUCCCAGAGAAACAGACUCCUUCAGAAAGCUCUACAUCACAAAUAAGUUUCUAUCGAAUCCUUCAAUCAUUAAUAGAUCUAGUAAGACCAAGUAGUGAAAACCCGGAACAAUCAAUAAGUAUUGCUGAUGAUGAAUGGGUACAACAAGGAAUUAUAGUAAUACCGGUAGAGCCACUUAGGGAACUACAUUUAUUAAGUGAAGAGGACCAAAAACUUUUUGAACAAAUGAAAACGUGGGUGGCAGAUUAUCCGGAAAAGGGACUUAUUGAAUGUGUUGAAGAAUUCGGUGACGCUUUAGCGAAGGUGCUUUACAACUAUCAAUUCCCUGAUUUCAUCAUUACAUACAGAAUUGAUACAAAUGACAAACAUUUAAAAGAAAAAGGAAUAAAACGAAAAAACUUCGAGAAAUUAUUGCUAAAAGCCAGAUUAGUUGUCGAACAUGAACGAGAUGGUGUUAGUGAUACUGUAUACAUGAAAUUGUUCGCUCCAUUUCAAAAGUUAUGCGAACAGGCAGAAAUUCAAAAGACAGUAUUAUAUAAAGGCAACCAAAUUUUGGCUAAACGUCAAGUAACAGCGUUAUCUAUUGGCAAUUUGAUCAAAAACGACGUAUUCCUUAGUUACUUUCCAAUACACGAUGGUCCCUACACGCAUGACAAAGCAGUCAAUGUUGAAAAAUUAGUAGAACAAAGUUUUUACGGUGAACCAACGUAUAAAAUUAGCGAUGACGAUAGAAAACCAAUUCUUGAAAGUGUUAAUGAUAAAGAUGACGGCGAAAAACCAGCUUCUGAUAGAAAACAUAAUGUGGAAGUAAAUAAACGAGCUUGGCUAUAUGACAAUUGGGUCAGUAGUAUAGGUAGACAACCAUUAGAGGAGAUUAGAGAAUAUUUUGGAGAAAAGAUGGCAUUAUAUUUUGCUUGGUUAGCCCUUCGUAAAUCUCCAAUCACGAUGAAGCAAGAAAUUCAUUUUCCAUUAAAACAGAGACUCCAAAAAUUGGCCGUUUCCGGCGUGGUUGUUUUUGUUUCCGUAAGUGAUAAUUUCGUUUCUUGGGUUACCUUUGAAUAA